UCCACUUGAAUGCAACCGCCCUGAGCUGUUUAGCUGUGCAUUAAUAGUGUAGACUCUGUUACCCCCUCACAGUAGAAGUUGACCCUUAUCAUCGACUUAAUUUUUUGGACUGAGCUUCUGGCAAAGAAUUCAUACUUAAGACGAAAUGGUAAUCUUUCUCCAGCAUCAAGCCACGAAUAAUGUAUUAACAUUGAGCUAAGUCAGGACUCGACGUUCUCGGAGCCGUCUCUGCUGCAUCAGGCUUAUUAGAAUCGGCUAUAAGCAUCAUCGAACGACUUCAUAAGGCUUAUGGCGACAUGAAAGCUUUCGAGGAAGUUUUCGAAUCGCGUGUUAUCGAAAUCCAAGGCAUCCUUACCAUCAUAGAGCUCGUCAAGAACGAAUCUAAUUUACGAACUGCGGCUGUUCUCUCGGAAAUCGAAAACAUUCGCAAAAUAACCGAAAAACUCGUUGAGCAUCUCGAAUCGACAAUGCCAGGGGAGAAAAGUCAAGCGCGCCGUUUUGCUCACCAAAUCGCGAAGGGAUCGAAAGAUCAAGAGAGGCUGGCCAAACUCAUGGAGCGGCUGGAUCGUGCAAAGUCAAAUUUAGGUCUCAGCCUACAUGUUGCCAACGUAGGCGUGACGCACGGCGUUGGUGAUGAUCUUGCUAUAAAUACAGAUAUUCUCAAUCGAGUUGACCAGCUGCUUCGUAAUAUAUUUGGAGAUGAAGGAGGUCUUAGGAUUGCUGAAUUGGUCAAGAACCAACACCCUCAGAGUAUGCUAGUCCCCCAUUUCCCAAAAUCUGCUAACAGACAAAAGAUGAUGGAUUCGUGCACAUUAAAGGUGAAGAUCUUUCACGAAUAACGACAAGUGGUGAUGAUUUAGGAGGAAAUUCAAAAGAUGCAGGGUGGUUGUCUCGUCGGAUUACCCUAAAUAAUGUGACAAGGGAACAAGCCCUUCAGAUCAAUGGGCCAAUUGGCGAAAAGGGAUGGAGGGAGGAGGUUUCUCAUCUGGAGAUUCGUAACAACGAAGCUUCUGGGAGUUCUAUCCAGAUCAAUCAUGCUGUUUCUGAAGAGGCGUUUUAUGCGAUGCUGGCAAACAGAGAUCGAAAUAAACGAAUCGGCCAUAACGACCAUAACGACCAUAACGACCAUAUAGGGAGUCGUAUGCGGAUUAGCGCGGGGCUGGGCGAAGGGUGGGGUAUACCCGGGGUCAUCAGGGGCAUUAUUCUCUGGGUGAAUAUUUUAUUUGAUUUUCGUAUAAUAGAGUAAACGUUUUAUAAAAUAUUACUGUGUCUACUUUUAUAUCAUC